UUGGAAAGAAUUGUCAUCGUGCAUAUAAAUACUGUACGCUUUUUCGGUUAAUCCCUCAAGCUCAUUUCGAACCGUGAAAUGCACUCUGACCGAAUGUGGCUCGACCCCGUGUGGAUCAAAACGGGCCUAGUGUGCAACCGUCGCUGCAUAAUCUCCAGCUUCACGAGCAUUUGAGAGCAGGGACGAAUUCCUUCCCACAUUUAUUGCCAGCCAUAAGUAGCGCGGCCAGGUGAUCUUAUUCUGCUUCAGACCGAUAUUCUCUUUCAUGGCUCCUGCCCAUUCAUGACAAAGCUUUGAUGCCCGUCUACUGAGUUCGAGUGGCACAUGCGGAGUUUAAUGCUUCCGGACUCUUGGACUUUCUAGGCAAUUCCAGCAUCAAUGCGGACAUACGCAGCGAAACGGCCCGCAUUUACGAGCAGUGAGCUCUCUCGGACUCGACGAAAUUUGCAGAAACCGUGCUUGCCAGUGGCAGCUGCUGCCGGACGACCGAAUGAGACUACGGUAGAGCUUCGAAAUGCGGAUCUCAAAAGCCUCGACAUCGUUCGCACAUCACUCACUCUCACAUACACACACUAACAAACUCCGUUCUUUCCUCCAGCGAGAAGUGUCUGAUUCGUCUUCGUCCACAGGGAGACUUUUGUGGAUCGAGAGCAAAUAAUUUUAUGGUGUUCAUUGUACUCAUUCAUGUGAUGAAAUCAGGUGAUUCCGAGCUCCUGGCAACCACUGAAGCGACGCAGAUCCUGCACCUUGUCACGAGAAUGCGGUUGCGACUCGAGACAAUCCGUCGUUGCGGUGCGUUGCUGGAGACGGUCGACCGGCCGAUUUGCUGGGGCCGACACUCCAUGACACUUACGAGAAGCUUCUUCCACUUUGACCGAGAAUCUUCCACCGAGAAUCUUCACGGAUCAGAAAUCGAGACUCCAUGCAGUGGAAUGCCGACUUUUCGAGUGGAGGCUAGUCUCCCGAGCGAGAGGCAGUCGAGGUCUCUGCGUAGGUUCGCUCACUGACGCGACGGGCCACAAGGGGCGUUACGCCCCGGGGUCCCUAGAAAGGCCCAUCCAACCGUUUUGCGUCAUUAAUCCAGCCAGCGUCGGCUUGGCGGCACCCGCAGCCCCCUCUAGAGAUUACCGUUGCAGCUCCAGCUGCAGCUGGAGGUGCUGCCUGACGCGCAUUCAUUCUUUCUUUCAUUCUUUCUCUCUUUCUUUCAUACUUUCGUUCUUUCUUUUAACUGUCCGGGGGAGUCUGAACUGAAUUUGAGCCCUUGACAUUGUUUGUUUGUGAUUCGAGAUGAUGAGAAUAAAAUUACCCGAAGGAUUAAAC